AUGGCAACUGAAAUGUCUGAAAGUGAAAAUCUUCUGAAUAAUGCUCAAGAAUUAUUGUUAAGUAGUAAAGAUUUUCCAGACAUCAGUCUUGGUGAUGUUGUUGAGAUUUAUCAUCCAGUAGGAGAUUAUAGUCGUUUAUUGUUACAAGUUAAACAGUUUAAAGAUGAUACAUCACAGAAAGAAACUGUGAGUGUUGAACAAUCUAUUGCUGCAGCAUUCCAUUUAAGAAAUUAUAAUGAUGUGAUAGUUAAUAAAAUCAAUAAAGAGGAUGUUUCGUUAGAUCUGGUGGAGUUGUUAUUUAAAGAACAGUAUUUUAGUAGAAGUGAUAUGUACAGAAUGUGGAAAAGUUUGAUUGGAGGAUGUGUAUAUCUAAAUAAAAAAAUAGAAUUUACAGAGAUGAGGGCUGAAGCUAUAGAGUUAUGGAGUAAAGGUGAAAAAGUAGCUUGUGGUGUUGUAUCAGAUACUACUAGAGUUGUAUACAGAUCAUCUACUGCUGUUGUACAGAUAUUUAUACAAAUGUCCAGUGAAAUGUGGGAUUUUGACAUCAGUGGUGAUUUAUAUUUUGAAAAAGCUGUAAACGGUUUUCUUACUGAUCUUUUUCUGAAAUGGAAGGAACAGAAUUGUUGUCAUGAUGUUACUAUUGUUUUGUUUUCUCGUACAUUUUAUAGUGUACAAUCAGUGGAAGAAUUUCCAGAAUAUUUACGUGAUUGUUUACAAGUUGAUUAUAAAGGCAGAAUAUAUGAAGAUUUUUACAGAGUUGUUGUACAGAAUGAACGUUAUAUGUAUGAGGAAUGGACAAAUACUUUACGUGAAUUACGAAUAUUGUUCAAUAAUUAUCAUGAAAGAGUUCUAAAUUAUCAUCGAAAGCACCGUAGACAUAUACCAGUGGGAUAUAACUCUACAGCUGCCCAGGGAAACUUUCUUGAAACUUUAAAUAUGUCCUUAAAUUUGUUUGAAAACUAUUAUAUUGAUCGUAAUUUUGAUCGUACUGGUAAAGUAUCAGUAGUUAUAACACCAGGACCAGGUGUGUUUGAGGUUGACAGAGAAUUAACAAAUAUUACCAAACAACGUACAAUAGACUGUGGUGUUGGAAGUGAUUUAGUCUGUAUGGGAGAACAACCUUUGCAUGCUGCCCCAUUGUUUAAGUUUCACAGUAAAGAUGAACAGACGUCUAUAGAGAUAGGUGAUGAUUAUAAUAUACCACAUUGGAUGAACCACAGUUUCUAUAUAUCAGAAAAUCAAAUAGAGAAUAUGAAAAACCUCUCUUUUAUUCCUAGAAUCAAACCUCCACAAGAGUAUUUAGAUCAUCUCGAUGAAAACCCUAAUGGAAGAGUAUUUAGAACUCCAUCUAAUUUUGAGGAUGAAGAUGAAAAUUUUCCAUUCAUGGAUUAUGAUGAAUAUGAUUCUCAAGUUUUUAAACUUUCCUCCAGAAACAAUCCACGAAACUUACAGGGUAAAAGUAAUAGUUUCUACCAUGGAAAUAGACAGAAGAUUAAAGGAAAAACAUUAGCUGAGAUCCGUCAAAGUCGGCGGGCAGCUUCAGUUCGUACCAGAUAUAGAUCAGAUGAUUUUGAGGGUCUGUAUUUAAUAGACAAGCAUCCUAAACCAAUUAAAACAUCUUCAGCUGCUAUCAGUAUCCCUGUGGGUUCAUUUGGAGAUGAUAUAGCUUCAUCUGUUGGUUGUUAUCCAAUUAUAGAGCGUGGUGCGAGUAGAGGUUCUGUUGAGUCAUCGGAUAGUGAAGAAUACUAUAUGAAUAUAGCUAGGAGAGCUGUAGUUGGUAGUGCUGGUUCACCUGUAGGUCAUAGUCGAAAAUAUUUUGAUAAUUAUCGUCCACGCAGAGCUUUAAUCAACCCAUUUGCUCCAUCUAGAAUGCAAUUUAAAAUGACAGCUAAUAUGAGGAGAUGGGUCCAUGCAUUUCCGAAAGAUUCUAAAGUAUCAACAGUAAAACCCAGCAUGAUGAAAGGACAUUUUGGUUACCAAGAUGAAGGGGAGAAUGCUUCAACCACACCUACUAAAGAAGUUUUGCAAGGAGCUCAAAGAUUUGUUGAAGCAAGAAGACAGAGGUCUAUAUCAAGACAAGGCAGUAUUGAUCAUGAUGUGAUUAGUGGACACAACAGUUCAGAAACAAGUAUGGCAGGGGUGAAUUUAUCACCUAACCAUAGUCAUUAUAACAAUUCAGAAGUUAGUUCAUCGUAUACCAAUCAUGAACAAGUUCGUAUGAAAAGUGGUAAGGCUGUACGUGAUAGAUUAUAUUUAGAUGCUAGAACAGCAGGAGAUCAAGAAUGGCAUCCAUUUAUGACUACAGGCUGGGAUUGGAGACCAUUAGAUAAACAAGAAGAACGAAAUGCUGUAUCACAAUUAAUGAAACCAAUUUUAACAGCUGAUUUUGAAUAUAAGAAUUUUUGUACAGGAAUCAGUGUGGAUUGGAAAUCAUUAACAACACCAGCAUCUCUACCAAUAACAACUGAUUUCUUUCCUGAUAGUCAUAGUUUACAUAAUGAUUAUGUUGUUUCCGAUUAUAAUCUAUUACCUGAUGAUAUAAACAGUGAUUAUUGGAUCAAACCUGCCAGUACAGAAGAUGAGAAAUUCUAUAGACAAGAACCAAUAACAACUGUUCAAGUAUUUAAAGAAUUAGUCAACCAAAGACUGGCUGAGGGGUUUCAGCUGAUUAUAUCUAAUGGUCCAAAGGUUAUAUCAUCUAAAGAACCAGGAUUUGGUACUAGUCCACAAUAUCAACAUACAUCUAGUUUAAUACGAGCUAGACCUAGACAUGAACAUCAGGAAGAAUAUAAUCUAAGUAUUGGAAGAAUCUUCCAUAAACUAGCAUUGUGUGGUCCUACUAUUACUGUUACUAGAUUUAGACCUCGACAUUCCCAGCCACAGCACCAUUAUGUCUACAGAUACCGAUUUCAGUGUCCUGAUUCCUAUCGUUAUGAUAUAUCUUGGACUGAGUUUAGUAAUGAGAAAUUAGAGAAUUAUAAUUGGAAUUAUUUAGAUCAGUAUAUCUGUACACGAGGUGAAGGGGAUUAUGAUUUAAUGGAGUCAUUAAAGUUUUGGAGAAGUCGGUUAUUUUUAUUACCAUGUAAUAAUCCAGCCACUAAGAAAAUUAUUGAUGGAAGUCUUAGAUGUGAUAUUUAUGAAGAGAAAGCUUUCAGUGAAUUAAAACAACUAGUGACUGGUUUCUUACGAUUCCUGGAAAUAGCAAAUAAAAUCAAACAUGCCCCUCAGACACGUAAAUCAAGAGUAGCACCACCAACUGAGAGUUUAAAUAAAACACCAGAUUCUAGUCCCAAUAAACCUGAAAACCAAACAGAUAAAAUCAAUGUAAAAGAAGAUAUUACAAGUCAUUGGAGUUCAAGUAAAAUAGUAGAAGCUAUGCUUGAUAAUAAUACUGGAUUAAUAUUUCUACCUAAACAGCCUGGUAUUCAAGAGAAAUGUUUUAUAUCAGGGGAAGCAACUCAAUGGUGUUUAUCAAACAUACCAGACCUUAAAACUGUCAAACAAGCAACAAAAUUGAUGCAGAAAUUAAUAGAUGAUCAGUUAAUCAUACAUGCAUCAGGAAAUCCUAAACAUAAAUUUAUCUAUGGAUUUUACUUAUAUAUGAUAGUAACCCCUACUUCUAAACAGAAAACUCAAGAUAUCAAUUUGUACGGUGGUCAGCCUUACAAUAUGUUUUUUCAAAAUGAGUUCUGUGAGGUUGCUGUUAAAUUUGAACCAGACGACAAUGAUAAACAGGAAAUGAAGACAUUUUACCUUCGUGAAGAAGAGCGGGAUGAGGAAGUUGAAGAUUGGAGAGUAUUAUCUGGUUUAAAUUGUCAAGAAAGAGGACAACAUACAGGAAAGGUGAACCUAUGUGAAGUGAAAGCUACCAAACAUCAUAAAUUUGUCAAUGUAGAUGUAGAUCCAACACGUAAAAGUGAAAGAUUAGAAUGGGCUACAGCCAGAUAUCAUGCCUACUAUCAACCUAACAGUGCUUUUGAAUUACAAGUUCAAUGGAUGGUAGCUACAGGUUGUAUUCUAGCAGAAUUGGUGUACAGUUGGACAAGAAAAGCUGUUUCAGCUGGUUUUCAUUUACUUCCUGUUCCUGUUGAUCCAUUUGCCUUACCAAAUUCUCCCAACUCUGAUCCAUUACGAGGUCCUAUAUUUGUACCUUUAAGAUUACAAUGUUUAUCUGAAGAUGGUAAAGAAAUAUUUUCAGGUUUACCUAUGAAAGAAAAACAAGAAAAACUCAAUCUAUUUCAACAAUUGAUCAUUAAGAGAUUUGGUUUUCUAUCUGCUGGUGUUUAUGAUGCUGGUUCAGAAACAGAAUUUCAACAAUACAUACACUGUACUGGUGGAAUGUUUGUCAUUAUUCCUGAUUAUAAUUUAUUUACUCCCAAAAAUAAUACAAAACCUUACACUAUAGGCAUGGUGAAAAAAUCUUCUUCUGAUAUGCAUAAAGAUUAUAUAGAUAGACAAGGUGAACCAGAAAAACAAAAAACGGAAACAGGAUUCUUGUGGUCAUGGAACUUUAUGUUAUCAAAACGAUGGCGCUCACAAAAUACCGGUGAUGAACAUUUCCAAAAUAAAAUGCUAGCAGACUUCCGAAGCUUUUGCUCAAAUAGUGAAGACAGACUUAAAGAGGUUUGGAAUUUUUUUGUAAACAUCAGUUAA